AUCUCGAUAAGGAAAACUGGUCGAUCGGUUGGCCAAGGCGCCUAGAUACGUCCAAAUUGUCGGUCAGUCGGUCCGUGUGUAGGAGCCUUUACGGUUACCGAAACUGCCAUAGUUCGUUAGACGGCCACAAGGCGGCGCGGCUUCUGUUCCUUUGUAGACUGGAGGCAGAGCACAUUUACUCCUUCCCCGGUAAGCGUCGUCGCCCGAAGGACCGUCUCGAUUUUGGCGUGCCCGCCUUAUAAGCUGCUCCGUCUUUAGGAGUUUCAGGUAAACGGGAAAUACCUUUACAGCCGCCCCCGUCAGCCAUUGCGCCGAGUUUGGUCUUCAAGUACUCAGGUAUUGUAUCGACAGCAGGAAAUGGGAGCAGAGGACGGUGCCUGGGCAACAACCCAGCAGUCGGAAACCACGGAUGGAUUACCAGCGAUAAAGACAGGCAUCUGUAACGACAGCAUAUCAGCAGCACCCACAUCAGAGUCACACCUUCCUCAGCAAGUAUCGGCUAUACGCGAAUCUCCAGCGCCUGUCGAAAGCUAUGGAGGCAGUCAAUGUGAUCCAGACAUCUCUCCAGUGCAGCAGAAAGAAUGUGAUCCACUUGCUGUGGAGGCACUAACGCAGACUUUUCAAAUACAUGACUCUGAAGACCAGGGCACGUCAGGAACCCAAGACAUGCUUGUGUCGGAUCACCAGAAAUCCUCACAGCCUGCAGAAAGCAAUUGUAGUGAACCUUUGGAGUCAGCUGUCUAUUUGACACAGCAGGAGGAGCGUGUUGCAGAAGACCCUGAGGCUCAUGCGCAAGAUUUUUACGCCUCUUCAGGCCAGAGCACGGCCGUAACGAAAGCAUUGCUAGUAUCACCAGUUCAUGAAUCCCAAUUGACUCCGGGAAACAGUCAAAAUAAUCCGUCGGCUCCGGCUCUCUCUCCAACCCAUCGAGGAGAGUGGGUUUCCGGAAAUGUCGAGGCAGUUACACAUUUCCUUCAGGACUAUGCCUCCAAAGACCAAGGCAUCUUAAGAAUCCCAGACAUGGACUUACCGGAUGGCUACAAAUCCCUACAUCGUUCGAAAAGCUAUCCAAACAGUUCUUCGCUUGCAGAUAUGUCCCGAACCAUGCAGAGGGCACACAUCUACGUCUCCGAAAAUUGGGACUCAUCCGUAACCGAAAAUACCUUAGUAUCACAUGUUCAAGAUUACCAGUCAUCUGUAGGAAGCAAUCCAAAUAAUCCGUCACAACGAGAAGUCCCCUCUAGGCAGCAGGAGGCAUGUUGUCCUAAUGCUUUGGAAAUUGUAGCACAAUCGCUUCAAAUCUGUGCCUUCGAAUAUCAAACGACCACAGAAACUCAAGACUUCAUGGCAUCAUCUCAAUACGAAUCCCAACUGUCGGCGAAAAGCAAUCUGUCGCUUCCGCAUAUGUCCAAAACGCCGUGGGGAGAGUAUGUUCCAAGCAUUUUAGAGAUGCCUGCACAAACUAUUCCAUCCAAUGCCUGGAAAGACGAAGGGACACUAGCAACUGAAGAAUUAGUAGUUUCGGCUCAACUCGAAUCCUCAAUACCUGUGGAAAGCAACCACAAAAUUUCCUUGGAACCAGGCGUUUCUUCAACACACCAGGAUGAUAGUGUUCCAGACGCUCGCAAGGCACCUGCAUCUGACGGUCAAAGCAGAUCAGAAACUAAAUCCUUGAUGAUAUCGAGUUUUCAUGACUUUUCUUUACCUGCAGAAAUCACUCCAAAUAAUGUCGCAGAACCGGAGGUCUGUCCAAUGCAGCCGAGUGACUCUGAAACAGAUCCAUUCGACUGUCUUGCACAAGCUCUUUUAAUGUAUUCUGUCGAUCAGGACACGUCAUUCACGCAAGAUAUGCCGGUAUCGGCUAACAACGAGUCCCUGGAGACAGUGGAAAGUGGUGCAAAUAAUCCCUUGGCACAGGAGGUCUCAACCACACAGCGAAGUUUGUCUGAGCCAGGAAUCUACGAGCCUCUGGGACAAGCUCUGUACACAGGUGCCUCCAAAGAACAGUGCACGUCAGCAACUCAAGAUUUGGUGCUAUCGGUUGUCCAAGAAUCCAUAUUACCUCUAGAAAGCGAUGCAGGUAGUCCCUUGAUUCAGGAUGUCUCUGCAGUCCCACAAGAUGAGAAUGUUCCAGGCGCUUUCGAGACUCUUGCAGAAGGUCUUCUGAUCAACGCUUCUGAAGAACAGUGCAUGUCAGGAACCCAGGAUUGGCUGGCACCAGUCGUCCAAGAUUGUUCAGUGGCUGUGGAAACCAAUUUCCAUAACCUCUCGGUUCAGGAAGUGUCUCCUGCCCAGCAGGAAGUGUGUGUUCCAGGAGCUUUUGAGGCUCUUGCACUACGUAUUCAGAUGCACGCCUUCAAGGAUCAAGGCAUUUCAGGAAUUCCAGUACUACAGAUGAAUGACAGGAAGAGAAGUGUACAUGAAUCGACUGCAGGUAACUGUCUGAGCGAUACUGCAGUGUUUACUUCUCUCGUUGGUGUCACGAAACACGAAGAAAAUGAGCAUACACAUAGGAAUGAAGCGCCUACUCCAGAAGACAUGUCUGGAGCUAGAAACCAAGUAGCAACGGUAAGAAGCAACAGUAUGAGUGGCAGUGGCAAAAGCAGCAGCAACAACAGUGCCAUUGGAAGUCCUAAUAUCUGUUCUUCGCGCCUUAGCUUUUUCGAUUCAGACGACGAGACGGACAGGGCGGAAUCUUUUGCAAGCUUGAUGAGCCUGGUAGACUUCUACAGCGAUUAUUUUGAAGAUCUCGAGGAGAAUCAAAGUGAAGAGUAUGUCUUAAGCAUGAUCACGACCUAUGUGGAUGUGGCCACCGACUUGAUCGGCAACCUUCGCCUUGUUGCAGCACGUAUCUUCACCUCUCCGCAAGGUGCAGGGAAUAUACUUUACGACAUAAGCUGGACGGUUCUGUAUCUGGCCGUCGAUGAGGAGGUUGACCUUUAUGACGUCGGCUCUUGCUACAAAUUAAGACUUCUAGCUGUGAAAGCUUACAUAAGAACGACGUGCGAGAAUACUGCUGAAGGAGCCAUUGCAGAAACGAUCCGCCAAGAGUUCCUAGCUAAGGAACACGGUGUUCCAGGUGAACCCAUUAGUUGUACCAGGCUGACUGCAUGUAUACUGCAGGAAACAGUCCGUGCUAGGGGAGGGAUUCCAUUCAGCAGUGGAGAAUACGGGGAUGGCGUGAUCACAGCACCAGACAGAACUUACGAUGGGACUUACAGUAAAAAUGUCAGAGAGGGUGAGCACGUCUACUCGGAGAUCCAUCAAUGCCGAUAUGUCGACGACAGUACAUGCCAUCGAGAAGCUGUGCUGAAGGUUUACUCUAUAGCAGAGGAGCGUGUGUGCAGAAUCAGAGCCAUUAACGGGAAGAUGCUCAGCUGCUUCAAAACAGUGCUAAACGUCCUGGGCCUGGGGCUGGAGGCGAACAGGAUGGCUCAGCGAGCGGUUAAGGAGGCGUUGAGGCACCAGCUGCCAGAUACAAACCACGUGGUGGUAGCCGCGAUGCAGCUGGCCAUGGCUGCUACCAACCACGCGGAGACGGCUCUGAGCGAAAUGGAGCAGGCGGUGGAACUGCACAGGAUCGUCGUGAGAGCACUGAGGCAGGCGGAGAGGUCUCUGUACAACCUGCGGCUGGAGGCCUGCUGCGGCAGGAAUGACCUCAGUGAUAUCAUUGCCUACGUGGAUGUCGUCGAGGAGGCGGUGGAGAGCGCUUGCGAUAUCUACCUGGACAAAGCGAGCAGGGACGUCCCAGUCGACGCGUCAUGGGCAGUCUUGAGCAGAGAUACCAACGAGUUCCUCUCCACAUCGACGAUGGUCCAUCAGAGAAGUGACGACGCUCCGAGGGAUGUUUUCCAAGCUCUGUUUUGGGCCACCCGUAGUGCAAUCACGGCCAUUGACGUAACUCUGCAAGGGCUUCGGAAACUAUCCUUUUCGAUGUUGUUCAAUGUCACACAACUGGGGAGAUAGUCUUGACUCGUUGUUCGUCGAAACUGUUCAACGAAGUCGCAAAAAUGGAAAAGUCCUGAGACAACACCUACUAGAUUUUAAGAUAACUAUUUAUAUCCAGGUAGCGAACCAUCAUUUUAACUUUUGCGUGACUAGUUUUUACAGCCUUCUGUAUUAUCAUCACGCUAGCGUGUAUAUCCCCUAAAAGUUUUGAUUAACUCGAAAAUUCUAGCGUUAGGAUUGCAAAAGUAUAUUCCUUUCAGAUUUGACAAUCUGUAAAUGGUAGCUCCCGCCUUCCCUCUUCAUUUUUCUUGUGAACUUUUGACAGCAUAAUUUUUGCUCUCAGAUGAUACGCCAAAGUAUUGUGCCACAUAAAGGUUUACUGUCGUUUCAAGUGUUAAUAGCAUUUUACUGUUGAACACUACUUGUUGACAAAAUUUGAAUGUUCUUACAAUGUUUCAAAUUGCUUUAAUGUAAAACGGCCAUAGACGAACAGCUACUGGAACGCGUUAGCAACGCAUCCAUUCUUGACAGGCCAUUUCAUUUUCUCCCGCGUUGAGGGAUGCUUUUAAUCUCUUCCAUCUCCGCCCGACAUAUUUGCUGUGUAAGGAAAUCACACAGCUUACGUAUACUGGGUUUGGUACAUGCACAAUCUGUUAAUAAGAAUUAUUCCUAGCACCAAAAAACUGACACUGUUUGUGUCGUCACGAAAUUUUGUGAAGUUCGUAAUGAGUUUUCAGUAACUUCAUACGCAUAUGUGUUACCGUGUUUUCAUACAUUGUCCUUGGAAGAAUGUAAUCUCUACCAAACUAAUUAAAAAUAUUCUAAAUGUUUCCAUGUUUACCCAUUGCAAAUCCAUCUUUUUAAUUUACAGAAAAAUAAAGCGAUAAUUACAGAA